AUGGAUUCUGUCCCGACUCCGCCCCCGCAGAAUAUCGGCACACGCGUUCGCAGACCCCGGACCGCCCGCGCCUGCGAUGCCUGCAGGGCCAAGAAGAACAGGUGCGACGACGCAUAUCCAUGCACGUACUGCAGGAAACACAACCUCGACUGCGUCUACAUGGGCCAGGAUAUUGGGCGUCGAUAUACUUCUGAUUAUGUACGAGGCCUCGAGGACGAGGUGAAGCGGCUCGGGGCUCUGAAAGACAGUCUCGCCCAGGAUCAACUAAUCGUAUCCCCCAACCAUGUCCCAAGCUCGCAGCCAACUGGCCCUGCUUCCAGGGACGGCCCCGGACUCGAGCCGCAGAACGACCACCAGCAGCAUCAGGCACAACGUAGCCAUGUAUCUACUCAGCGCCAGGGCCGUAGCUCCGGACAGGAGGUAUCAGCAGUGAACCGGCACACCCGCAACGUCGAGUUCUAUGGAAGCUCGUCGGCUUUUGCCCUUCUUUCACACGUCCAGCGGGCAGGAGGUGCGCCUACGGCCCCUACUGACGCCGAACAUGACGAUUCAAUAGUGUCGAACCUGCACAACCCUGCCUUUUCACCGGCAUCAGAACAACUCGGCCCACUGGGCGGGACUAGACAAGACUCGCCCAACUGCAGGUCGUCCCCAUACUAUCCGCAGUGCCGAAGCUUUAUCCUGAGUUUUUUCUCUAGCAUCCACUAUGUGCAUCCCAUCUUAUCCAAGGCUGAAUUCUUGGGCCGUUGCGAUCAACUACUAUCAGGACAGCACUCGUCGACGGAAACGAGCUUCGUGGCAUUGUAUUAUAGCAUUUUAUCCCUUGGCGCCCUUGUCGGGCCCAGGGACGAUGAUCCUAUCGACGGUAUACCUAAUCUGCAAUGGAGUAGAGCAUUCUUUGACGAAGCUGUGCGGCGAUGCCACAAACUCGGCAUGGUCACCGAUCUUGACAUGGUGCACUGUUAUUUCUUUCUGGCCAAGGUCUGCCAGAAUGAGCUGAAUCCACACUCAGCAAGAACGGCAUUGGCUAUGGGCAUUAACAGAGAGCCAAGAAAUCAGCUUAUCAAAGACGCUAGUCAGCUCAGAGCCGAGUCUCGAACAUGGUGGGGUUUAUAUUCCUUAGAAGUAGAAAUGUCCUUCUCCGUGGGUCGACCGGACACUCUUGGUGCUGAUUUGUAUCACAACCGUCGCUUUCCGGUCAUUGAAGGAAAAGAGGGUGUCGACUCCACCACUACCAACGUUGAUUUGUUGGAACCAUCUAAUUGUGCGAUCAUCAAGUCAAUGGUUGAUCUUUCGAGAAUCGUCAAGAACAUCGGCCUAGAGAUUUAUCUUUCAGAAGACAUCACUUUGCGAACCGUGGACCUUGCUUUCCGAUUGCAGACUGACCUCGAUAAAUGGGCCGACAGCGUCCCCCCGGAGAUCCGACCGAGGCUUAACGCCGCGGACCUGGUUUCACUGAAGUCUGCACGAGCUGCACAAUGGAUAAAAAGACAAAGACUUGUCCUGACUCUGCGGUAUUUGAACCUGCGGAUCCUCAUGUUUGGCUCUUUCCUCCUCCCUUCAUCUCCAACAGAGCGUGCUUCCAUCAUGAGGUCACAAGAGACGCAGCGAGGUAUCCAGAUAUGUAUCGAUUCGGCGAAAAGCACGAUCGAGAUUAUAUUCAUGAUGUACCAACAUCACGAUUUCUUCAGAACAUGGUAG